AAAUGAUUCACUCGACUCGAAGGUGGACUGGUGGUACUGAAGAGUGAAGAGUGCAGAAAGCACAUAACAUAAACCCUUUUAACUCUUCACUACCAAAACCCUUUCCUUCUUAAAAAUGUUUCUCCACCGCCACAUCCUCGUCAGAACCUUCCUGCACCGCCGUCACUUCUCCCAUUCCGUCGCCGCCAUCCUCCACCCUUCAGAGCCAGGCGUAGACUCAUUCACCUACCUCGAAGGUUUUCCUAAACCUGAUCCCAAGUACGACGAGACCAUCCUCGCGAUUCCCCGCGCCGAUUCGGGGAAGAACAUAUCUGCCAAGGAGCGCAAAGUCGGCCGCGUACCGAGCAUUGUGUUCGAGCAGGCAGACGGCCAACACGGCGGCAACAAACGUCUCAUUUCUGUCCGUACCGAUCAGAUCAGAAAACUCGUCAACCAACUCGGUCGCUCUUUCUUUCUCUCCCGCCUCUUUCGUCUCCAAGUUCUUCGUCAAUUCGACUCCGAUUCAAAUUCCAAUGAUGAAGAUGUCAUUGAAAACGUUCGCGUUUUGCCCCGCAGUAUUCAUUUGCAAGCUGGGAAUGAUGCACCUUUGAAUGUUACAUUUAUUAGGGCUCCGUCAGAUGCUUGGUUGAAAGUUGACGUUCCUAUUGUAUUCAGAGGAGAUGAUAUAUCCCCUGGACUGAAGAAAGGUGCUUCUUUGAAUACCAUCAGAAGGACUGUUAAGUACCUAUGCCCUGCAGACAUUAUUCCUCCAUAUAUUGACGUUGAUUUAAGUGAGUUGGAUGUGGGCCAGAAGGUGCUCAUGGGUGAUCUCAAUGUUCAUCCUGCAUUAAAACUUCUUCACUCAAAAGAUGAAGCUGUUUGUAAAAUUAUGGGCCAAAGGGUUUCUGAACAACAACCAAAGAAAUCCAAGUAACUAACUACUUAUUAUAUCUUUGGUGGUUGCUAUUGCUGCACUGAAGCAUUUUUUAGCUACCAUGUAACAUUCAUAGUCAUCUUAUUAGUUGAUUCUUGGCAGCAGUGAAGGACGAUGUUAUAGAAUUCCAGUCUUAGGUUUUUGUAAGCCUUCUUUUCAUUGCAUAUACGGUUCCUUACCACCUUUCAGUUUGGCAUAUAAAGGAAUAUAUUGCAGGUGAGAAUAGUUAGUUGAUAUGUUCAAAUCAUGCAUGCAAUAUAGCUGUUUCUGUUUUUGGUUAUUACAAGUAGGGGGUCACCUGAAUUCCCCCCUUGCCCCUAAUAAAUUAGGCUUCCUGUUCAAGACUCCAGUUUUAAUUUAAGAUAUCUGACAGGUAAUCUAUAAACUUACUCACAUUGAGUCA